UGGUGCUGGGUUAUUUCCCACUGGGGACACACCAGGGCCGCCGGUGCGCAGGCGUGGCUUCCGGGCGUGGCCGCGACCGGUCGUUAGGACCCAGCGAGUCCCCUUUGUUUCCCGCGGGCGCGCAGGCGGGCGGGAAGGGCAGGAAGGGAGGGGCCCGGCGCUUCUCCGAGGGGCGGGGCCGGCACCGCGCGCCGCCGCCCCCGCCUCGCCGCCGCCGAGGGGCAGGGCCCCCUCACCCCCUCCCCUUCCCACGCGCCGGCCCCGUUGCCCCGGCGCGCGCGCGCACACUCGCGAGCCCCGGCGACAUGCAAAUGAGCUGGCUCCAGUGCCCAGACCCAAGCCCCCCACUGCUCAAUGGACACCCCCAGCCCAGACCCGUUGCCUUCGCCUUUGCCCGGGGAGGAAGAGAAACCUCUGGCCUUACCUCCUCCUGUUCCCCGGGGCCGCCGAGGCCGUCGUCCUGGGGGAGCCACCUCCUCAAAUCGGACACUCAAGGCCUCCCUUCCUCGCAAACGGGGCCGCCCCCCCAAGUCAGGGCAGGAGCCCCCACUGGUGCAGGUGCAGGGGGUGACAGCCCCAGUAGGCAGCAGUGGUGGGAGCGACCUCCUCCUGAUCGAUGAUCAGGGUGUGCCCUAUACGGUCUCUGAAGGUUCAGCGGCUGGGCCUGAGGGCUCUGGCCCCAGGAAGGCCCCACACUUCUGCCCGGUGUGCCUGCGGGCCUUCCCCUACCUCUCCGACCUGGAGCGCCACAGCAUCUCGCACUCAGAGCUGAAGCCGCACCAGUGCAAGGUUUGCGGCAAGACCUUCAAGCGCUCCAGCCACCUGCGGCGGCACUGCAACAUCCAUGCCGGCCUGCGGCCCUUCCGCUGCCCGCUGUGUCCCCGCCGCUUCCGCGAGGCGGGCGAGCUGGCGCACCACCACCGCGUGCACUCGGGGGAGCGCCCGUACCAGUGCCCCAUCUGCCGGCUGCGCUUUACAGAGGCCAACACGCUCCGGCGCCAUGCCAAGCGCAAGCACCCGGAGGCCAUGGGGGUACCCCUGUGUGCACCAGAUCCAGGGUCUGAACCGCCGUGGGACGAGGAGGGCAUCCCGGCCACAGCAGGGGCCGAGGAAGAGGACGAGACAGAGGGGAAAGGGGAGCCGGCCUGACCCACACCCCCGGCCAUCGCUCCCUGGGCCAGGUUUAGAGCAGGGAGUUUGGCUGGUGCUGGGCCUGAGCCAGGGGGCCGGGACACCCUUGUUUCUGGUGGUCUUCCCGUUGUGGGAGCAGGUGGAGGGUGGAGACCUAAACUUUUGGGUCCAGCUGCCUUCAGCCCCCCUCCCCCAGACUAACAGACCCUUGGAGGCAGGGGCUGUGGAAAUAAAUCUCUGCCUGCUGGC